AUGCCAAUGCUUACCCUUCCUGCUCUCAGCACAUCGACCACCUUCACAGAACUGGACACCCUGGAGGUCCCUCCCCUCACACCGACCAGUAAGGAGGUCCUCAGCCAGGCAGUGAAGGCCAGUUUCGCUGGAUUUGCCCAGGAGAGAAUCACCCAUCACUUCCCUCAGGAUCCUACCUUGUGGUCUGAGUGGGAGGUGAACUACUGGCUGGACUGGUGCCAGGCUGAGUUUGGUCUCCACUGCCUGGGUUCAGACCUGAGAGGCCUCCAGGGGAGUGAGCUGUGUAGCCUGGAAAAGGAGGCUUUCCUGGGCCUCAUGUCUGACUUCACUGCAGGAGAGAUCCUGUGGGAGCAUCUGGAGACCAUGAAAAGAGAGGCAGACUCAGAGGUGGAGAUUGUUCACAGUGACGACUCAGGUAUCGUGGGCUCUCUAUCGUGGGCUACUCCACUCCACGAUUUAGAGCCAGUGACUGAAGAGACCAUAUCUGAAGAUGUCUUCACUUUACCACACCCACACAGGAGCUUCAAAGAAUAUAUAGGCAACAAAACCAACCUGGGCGGAGUCGUGAUACCAGCAGCUAUCCUUGCUGGUUAUACUGGAAGUGGACCCAUUCAGCUGUGGCAGUUUCUGCUGGAGCUUCUCACAGAUCGCAGCUGUCAGUCAUGUAUAAGCUGGACGGGAGAUGGGUGGGAGUUCAAGCUGACGGACCCUGAUGAGGUGGCCCUGCUGUGGGGUCAGAGGAAGAACAAACCCAAGAUGAACUAUGAGAAGCUGAGUCGCGGCCUACGAUACUACUAUGACAAGAAUAUCAUCCGCAAGACGGCCGGCAAGCGCUACGUCUAUCGCUUUGUCUGCAACCUGCAAGGCCUGCUGGGAUAUGAGCCUGGGGAGUUGCACGCCAUGUUGGACAUCAGAAACAAGAAUGACUAA